AUUACUGAUGAGCACUGUGGUCGUAACAUGCUGUAGUGUAUCGGCCCUAAGGACCCGCCUUUGUCGCAGGAGAAGUGAGUUGAGGAGGGACACACUUCAACAGAAUCCAGCCUAUGAGGCCUGCGCCCCUACACCAUGUCCUCCUCCUGACCAGCAGGGAGCGGCGUACUGUACUGCCUCACCACAGAGAGGGAGAGAGCUGUCCCAUAGCAAUACAUACACUGCUGCUGCUGCUGAUGUCUCUUGUACCCAGGAAAAGGUGUAUGAAGAAAUUGCUUAACCAACC